AUGAAUGUUUUGGAACAAUCAUUAAAAUAAAUUUAGGAAUUGCAUUUCAAGGGACAAUACAGAAAAGCCUAUGAAUAACUCAAGCAAUUAGGUACAGAUCUUGAGGCAUAUGAUCCUAAUUUUAAAGUAUUCGAAAGACGAGCAUGUAACAUUGAAAUGUUGGCUGCUUUCUAUACUGAAUAUGGUAGUGUAGCUUUGAAAUUAAGCUUAUUGGAAAUUUCAAAGUAAUGUGUACAAUGUGCAUUCUAUUAUUUGAAAGGUUUUGCUAAUAUAAACCUAUUUAUAUUGAAUGUCCUCACAUAUUAGAGAAUCAAUUUUUGGCUUUGUCGGUACAUAAUUAUCUCUUAGAUAGAUUAGAUAUCUUGAUUCUAUCCAUUUGUUGAAGAGCCUCUUGAAUGUUGUGCCUAAUUCACUCAUUCAUUAUAAAAUUGAGAUCUAUAUCAAUAUUGCCAAUUCUCAAAGAGCUUGGUGUUUUUAUGAUGAUGCUGAAGUUUCAAUAAAUCAAGCUGAACAAUUGGCUAAUCUACUCAAUCCAUCCUAUCAGAAUGAUUUACUCAAAACUAACAUUCUAUUUCUUAAAGCUAGACUUUAUAUGGAUACAGAUAGAAGCAAAUAUGGAUUAGAUUUCGCAUUAGAGUAUGCAAAUCAAAUGUUAAUUAGUUGUUAGUUGUUUACAGCAAAGAGAGAUGCUAUUGCCACGUGAUCAUCCUGAUAUUGCUAUUGCCAUGGAACUUGUUGCAAAAAUCAAUUUUAGCUAGAAUUUAGUGCAAGAAGCAUAAAAGUAUCAUGAUUAGGCCUAUAAGAUGAAGAUAAAGGCCUUUGGAUUGCAUAACUUUGAAACCAUAGAUUCUAUUAAUGAAAAGGGGCGUCUCUUACUCUCCUCUAAAAAGGUAUCCUAAUUAUAAUUAAUUAGGAAUAACAAGCCAUGCAUUACUUUUAAUUGAUCGGAGAAAUCAGUUAAGUACUUUUGGGUCCUUUGAAUUAAUAUCAAGCACUCUCCUAUAAUAAUCUUGGAUGUGCUUUAUUCAAUGUUGGUAAAUAUGAAGCUUCCAUAUAAUAACACUCUAAUGCCCUAUUUAUCUAUGAGAAAUUGUGUGGCUAAGAACAUUCUAAAUUAGUGUUCUCAUUAAAUUAAAUGGCCAAUGCUAAUAAAUUACUUAAUAGACCUAAAGCAGCAUUCAUGAUCUGGAAGCGUUGUCAAACUAUUCUAGAGAAAAAUCCUUAAAUCAAUUCUAAACAGUUGAAUGCUAUAAAGUCUAGUUUAUAAGGAUUGUCUAUACAAGAAGAAGAUUGA